AUGCCAGUAGCACUGAAAUCAGUCUCAGAAGAUUUUAAAGUCGCUGACCUGAAGCUCGCCGAGUGGGGUCGCAAGGAAAUUGCGAUCGCCGAAACCGAAAUGCCAGGUCUCAUGGCUACCCGAGAAAAAUAUUCUGGUCAAAAGCCGCUCAGUGGAGCAAAGAUUGCUGGGUGUUUACAUAUGACGAUUCAGACAGCAGUUCUCAUCGAAACACUGCAGGAGUUAGGUGCUGAUGUUCGUUGGUCAUCUUGCAAUAUAUUCUCCACUCAGGACCAUGCAGCCGCAGCGAUUGCCACGACAGGGACACCGGUAUUCGCUUGGAAGGGAGAAUCCGAAGAGGAAUACUGGUGGUGUGUUGAACAGACGAUAUUCGGUCCUAACAAUUGGCGCCCCAACAUGUUGCUUGACGAUGGCGGUGACUUAACGCAAAUCAUGCACGAAAAGCAUCCUGAACUGAUGUCCGAUGUGCGAGGCCUGACAGAAGAAACAACAACCGGUGUUCAUCGACUGUAUGAGAUGAUGGAAGCAAAUACACUGAAGUGUCCUGCAUUCAACGUUAAUGAUUCCGUAACCAAGAGCAAAUUCGACAAUCUGUAUGGUUGCCGUGAAUCAUUGCUGGACGGAAUCAAAAGGGCGACCGAUGUCAUGAUCGCCGGGAAAAUUGCUGUUGUGUGUGGCUACGGCGAUGUUGGCAAAGGGUGCGCACAGUCUUUGCGAGGGCAGGGAGCGAGCGUUCUGAUUACCGAGAUUGACCCAAUUUGUGCGUUACAGGCCGCAAUGGAAGGCUAUCGAGUUGUAACGAUGGAAGAAGCAGCUCCGCUAGCAAACAUAUUCGUAACCGCAACCGGUAACUGGCACGUCAUCACGAUGGAUCACAUGCUUGCCAUGAAAAACCAGGCAAUUGUUUGCAAUAUCGGCCAUUUCGACGGAGAAAUUGAUAUCGCUUCACUUCGGGAACUCGAAUGGGAAAACAUAAAACCUCAGGUCGAUCAUGUCAUUUUCCCUUGCGGUAAGAGGUUGAUAUUGCUGGCGGAAGGCAGACUUGUCAAUCUUGGAUGUGCAACCGGUCACCCAAGUUUUGUGAUGUCAAAUUCGUUUACUAACCAGGUACUAGCCCAGAUUGAACUAUGGACCAACCCCGACAAAUACCAAAAUGAAGUCUAUGUACUGCCAAAAAAUCUUGACGAAGAAGUUGCGCAGUUGCAUUUGGACAAAAUUGGCGCAAAACUAACCCGCCUGACUGAAGUGCAGGCAAAAUAUAUAGGUGUUCCUGUGGAGGGCCCUUACAAAGCGGACUACUACCGCUACUAA